AUGUCAAAAUAUGACGAGAGUAUGAAAGUGGAUCCAUCUCUCUAUAGACAGCUUGUUGGAAGCUUGAGAUAUUUGACUUAUACAAGACCCGAUAUUCUUUAUGGUGUUGGUCUUGUUAGCCGUUAUAUAGAGGCACCAACUUUAACUCACUUGGAGAUUGCUAAAAGGAUACUUCGCUACAUUAAAGGUACCACUGAUUAUGGCUUAGCUUAUUCCUCUUCUACAAAUUUCAAGCUUUAUGGUUAUUGUGAUAUUGAUUGGGCUAGUGUUACUAAUGAUCGAAAAAGCACCACUGGAUUUUUGUUUUUCAUGGGUAACAUCGCUUUCACUUGGUGUUCAAAGAAGUAG